CAAAGGAAGUUGAAGAAAAUAACAGGACAUCUGUGACUUUUUACGGCACUUUUCCAAGAGUGAGAGUCAGUGAAGGACAGCGAGGGACGGAGAGAGAGAGAGACAUUUUGGCAGGAGGUCAGUCAGUGUUUGUCCAGUGCAGGUCACAGCAUGGCGCUCUUCCCGCUCUGCAAGACACCAACAGGAGCGCUCAGAAUGUCCAGGAUACAUCUACUCCUCUACUUCCUGCUGCUGUCUCUUGUCAUAUACUUCCUCCAUGGCCGUAAGGCCGGUGCCAACAUGAGGUCUCCUCAUCCUUACUUUCGCUCCAUGGAAGCCGCCGUGGGAAGAGAAAAGACGGCCAUGGUCGACGCGGCGUCACCGCAAGCCCCUCUGCAAACGCCUUGGGGUGCUCCUUUAGUCUGGGGCGACACCCGCACCUCGGUCAAACGAAGAACUGAAUUUGCAGAAGGAGAAGUCCGGAUAGGCCUGCUGACCCUGGUGGUGGGAAAGUAUUCCCAGUUCGUGAGACGUUUUGUGUCCUCGGCGGAGGACUACUUCCUCCCCAGUCAGAAGGUCACCUACUACAUCCUGACAGAAAAACCUCACACCUUUGACCCUCCUAUGAAGUUGGGGCCCGGGCGGCAGCUGAAGGUGGUUCCUGUGGCAGAGUUCCCAGGCUGGGACAGGUUGGUGUAUCGCCGCAUGACCCUUUUGGCCGACACCAUCAAAGACCAAAUUGGCAAGAACGUUGAGUACAUUUUCUGCGCUGACGUUGACCAGGAGUUUGUGGCUCCGGUCGGGGAGGAAAUCCUGGGUGACCUGGUGGCCACCUUGCACCCGGAACUCUACGGCAAGUCGCGGAAGGAGCUUCCUUAUGAAAGCUACUGGGGGUCGUCCGCUUACGUGGAGGACGACGAAGGUGACUACUACUACACCUCGGAGUUGUACGGCGGACUGGUUCCGCAGGUGUACAGACUGGUCCGGAGUUGUUCCAUGCUCAUACAGAAGGACCACGCCAGCGGCGUGAUGGCGCGCGGCCGCGAAGAGAGCUAUUUGAACCGAUACCUGGUGGCUCACCGACCGAGCUGCGUGCUCUCGCCCGAGUACAGCUGGUGGGACUCGGGCCGGGCUGUGGACGUGCCCGUGAAGAGGCUGCUCUCCCUGGGAAGGCAAUGUGAGGCUUUUGAUGCUGAGAAGAGAGAGAAGCACCGAUGUUGAAGUCAUGGAGCUUAAUAUCUUCUUCUCAUGUGGGAGAAUAGUAAGUACGCCUCCGCUACUUUGCUGCAUCAGACUCUGCUGGGCAGGAAGGAAAUUAGCAACUUGGAGCUGACAAGAUGAACAAAGAUUAUAACCGUUUCAGUCAUACCUCAA